GGGUGGAAGAACAUCUGUGCUGUGUCUUUUUACAGGCAUUGCCACUGGGGGGGAGGGAAAGGUACAGACACCUGGAGCAUUAUUUCCCCUUCCUUGGAUUUAAGAAACUACAGAUGAAAUGGACUGGCUUCCUUACAGAACAGCUGCUGUGCUGUUUAUUUUAAUGGUGUCCUUAGAUUUCAGCAUCAGCACUUUUCAUGUUGAGCUAAAAGAAUGGAAUGAAAAAGGAAUGGAGAGAUGGAAAUCCCAUCGGAGGCAGAAACGAGAAUGGAUUAAAUUUGCUGCUGCCUGUAGGGAAGGAGAAGAUAAUUCAAAAAGAAACCCAAUUGCAAGAAUCCGAUCAGAUUGUGCAGAUACCCAGCCAAUUAUAUAUAAAAUAAGUGGAGUAGGAAUUGAUCAACAUCCCGUGGGAGUAUUUGUCAUCAACCAGAAGACUGGUGAAAUUAAUAUAACAAAAAUAGUAGAUCGAGAGGAGACUCCAAUAUUUGUGAUUCACUGUCACGCUAUAAAUGUUAUGACUGGAAAAUCAAUAGAAACACCUCUUGAACUUCGUGUUCGGGUUCUGGAUAUAAAUGACAAUCCACCAAUAUUUACACAACACAUGUUCUCAGGGUCAAUAAUAGAAAGCAGCAUGGAGAAUACAUUUGUAAUGAAAAUAACUGCUACAGAUGCUGAUGAGCCAAAUAAUUUAAAUUCCAAAAUUGCCUACAAGAUUGAAAGCCAGACUCCUUCAGGCCCAUUACUGUUUAUCUUGAACACAGAAAAUGGAGAACUUCACAUUGCGAAAGCUCUUGAUAGAGAGGAACAAAGUCAAUAUACUCUGGUUGUCAAAGCCUCCGACAGAAAUGGAGGGCCAGAUGGAAUAUCAUCAGAAUGUUUGUGUCAGGUUAAAGUUCAGGAUGUGAAUGAUAAUUUUCCUACUCUUUCUCAGAGUUCGUUUUCAGUAUCAAUUCUAGAAAAUUCACUGAGUCAGGAGCUGCUGAGGAUACAGGUAUUUGAUGCAGAUCAAGAAUUUACAGAUAACUGGUUUGCAGAAUUUUUCUUUAUCUCUGGAAAUGAAAACCACAAUUUUGAGAUCACAGUAGAUAGAACGACUAAUGAAGGUAUCUUGAGUGUUGUAAAGGAAAUAGAUUAUGAACAAUUUUCAACCAUAAACAUUAAUAUUGGUGUGCGAAACGUUGCCCCUUUCCACUCUUCUGUGGCUUCUCUUUAUCGAUCUGUUGGAACCCCAAUUGUGGUACAGAUAACUAAUGUAAUUGAAGGACCAGCAUUUAGUCCAUCUACACUGACCAUCACUGCAUCUGAGAGCUUAACAAUUGAAACUAUACGCACUUACACUGUUGCGACAUUCCAAGCCAUUGAUCAGGAUACUGGAAAAGUUGCCACAAAUAUUCGGUAUGAGAUAGGCCGUGAUCCUGCUGCCUGGUUUCAAAUCAAUCCUCAAACUGCUGUCAUCACUUUUAAGAAAAUUAUUGAUCGAGAAUCAAUUUAUGUAGUCAAUGGGGUAUACACAGCAGAAGUCCUUGCUAUUACCAGAGACAGCCCUUACACAACAGCCACUGGCACUAUUAUGCUUACUAUUCAAGAUGUCAAUGAUAACUGUCCCAUUGUGACUGAGGAGAUCAGGAGAGUGUGUAUGAACAAUCCAACUGUGGUGAUCACAGCUAAAGAUCCAGAUGAUUCUCCAUAUGGGCCACCCUUUACAUUUAGCAUUAUCGCUCAGCCUCAAGGCAGCUGGUGGGAUAUCAAAGUAGUAAAUGGUACUUCUGCAGCUCUGUUCACUAACAACAUAGAGUUCAUAAUUUAUGAGGUCCAAGUCAAAGUGACCGACAACAGUGGCAAAAGCUGUCAAAGGCCACUGGUAAUUCCUCUGCAAGCCUGUGAAUGUAGUGAAAAUGGAAUGUGUACCCGACUAGCUAGCAAGAGAGUCAAAGUUAUAAUUAUUGGUGGUGGUGGAGCUGGUGGAGGAGCAGGUGGUGGAGGAGCAGGUGGUGGAGGUGCAGGUGGUGGAGGAGCAGGUGGUGGAGGUAUGGCUGGUGGAGGAGCGGGUGGUGGAGGAGCAGGUGGAGCGGGUGGUGGCGGAGCUGGUGGUGGCGGAGCUGGUGGUGGAGGAGCGGGUGGUGGAGGAACAGAUGGCUGGGGAACAGGUGGUUGGGGAACAGGUGGAGGUGAUACUGAUGGUGGUGGAGGUGGCGGUGGUGGAGAUGACGGUAGUACAGGUGGGGCCGGUGGUGGACAUUCACAUAGUGGCACUAGUGGACAUGCGAUUGGAGUAGGAGGAGCAAGGGAAAAUGGUGGAGAUACGUCUCUUAGCGCUGCUGCCAUUGGCCUGAUGAUUCUUGGAGGAUUAAUAUUUGUAUUGGUACCCAUUCUGAUGUCACAGAGUGAUUGUUUUGGUUAUUUGGGAUCCAGAUCUGCUGGUGGAGUUGGAGCUGGAUUUGAGCCUGUGCCUGAAUGCACAGAAGGAGCUAUCCAUUCCUGGGGAAUUGAAGGAGCACAGCCUGAAGACCGGGAUGUGUCAAAUAUCUGUGCACCAGUAACUGGUGCAAGUAAAGGAGAGUUUGCAGACUCUUCAGAUAUCUACACAGCUAAAUAUGGUGAUGGAGGAAUGGUGAGUUCAGGAAUUGAAGAAACAACAGGACUUGGAGUAACAAAAGGCUACGGAACUACACUGGGUUAUGGGACAACCGGAGGCUAUGGGACAACCGCAGGCUAUGGGACAAUGGGACGGAAAGAUACAUACGGAGGAAUAAAAGAAUACCGAGAAAGUGGUGUGAAUAUGGCUUUCUUAGACAGCUACUUCUCUGAGAAAGCAUUUGCCUAUGCUGAUGAAGAUGAAGGCAGACCUGCAAAUGACUGUCUCUUAAUAUAUGAUCAUGAGGGCAUAGGCACUCCUGUUGGUUCCAUUGGCUGUUGCAGUUUUAUUGGGGAUGAUCUGGACGAGUCCUAUUUGGAUACACUGGGUCCUAAAUUUAAGACCUUGGCAGAGAUCUGCUUGGGAAGAGAGAUUGAGUCCUUCCCAGAUUUCAAUAUGCCUCUGCCCAAUCCUGAUAUUGAGAUAAAUCUUCCACCACCUGGAACCACGAUUGUUGUUAACACAUCUUCAUCUAUGCCUCAACCUUCUGCUGUUGGUGGUACCACGGUCGUUACAGAAAAUACUUACACCACCACUUCCAAUGUACAACCUCCAAGGCCAAUGCCUGAUCCUAUGCUCCAUGGUAACGUAGUUGUAACAGAAACAUAUACUUCAGGCUCAACAAUGAAACCCCCUACACUUAAUGUUGAUCCUCUGACUGGAUCAAAUGUUGUGGUCAGGGAAAGAGUGCUGGCUCCUGCCCCAGUCACUGAUUUGCAUGGCAUGAUAGAGAUUCCCGACCUACCAGGUGGGUCAAAUGUUGUGGUCACAGAAAGAGUAAUUGCUCCUAAUACAAGGUUACCAUCUUCUUUGAGCAUUCCUAAUCUGACAGAAGGGUCAAAUGUAGUUGUGACCGAAAGAGUGAUUCGACCUGCUGCUAGUGUACAUGGCAACAUGACCCUCCCUUCUGACAUAUCAAGUGCCCGUAAUGUGGUUGUAACCGAAAGAGUUCUGUCUGGAACAGGAGCAAGUGGUGUCUCUGGGAGUCUAAGUAGUGGCGCUAAUUCAUUGUUGGCUUCUGAUAAUCUUCUUAGUCAGGCAAUUGGAACAGCUUCUCCUGGUUCAACUCGAAGAAGGGUAACAAAAUACAGCACUAUACAGUAUUCUAAUUAGUAAAGAUCACUUGUGACAUCUUUCCCUUCCCCCUUUUUAUGUUUUAGAUUUGCUGCUAAAUAAUGUUUUUAUUAUUUAUAGGUAGCAAAUUAAAAAUCAGAGAAAUGAUUCUUGUCUGAAACAGAAUCUCCAAACAUUUAGUUAUAAACCAAAAUAUAGGGGCACUGCCAACAUAAGAAAAUUCUGAUAUAUUGCCUUUGGAAACAUGAUAGUGUACAUAAUGGAGCAAUCACUAACAGAGCCUUUUGUAUAUGUUUGCUGAUGAGCAAUAUUUGGACCAACAUACCACUUCCUCUUUGUACUUAUUAACACCAUGGUAAGGAAAUGCAGCUGUGCACAAAGUGAUUUAUAGGAACUAUUAAAAUUCUGGAAUUCCUUACUGUAUUUUAAAACAGUUGCAUAGAGACUGUUCCAAAUAAUGAUCCGAUAAAUUCAGCAUAGUUUAGUUUCAUCUUAAAGCAGUUAGUCAACAUAAGCUAAAAGACAAAAAGGUGUCAACAGAAAAAAUAACGGCAUAUAUUAAAUCUGUAUCUCUGAACAAGACUAUGUGAAUUACAAUCAGUACAGCAGUCCUUAAGAAUGACAAUAUUCUGCUGUAACAAUAGAAAUGUACAGGAUAUUAACAGAUUUAGGCAGCAUAUCAUGUAUUGUGAAAGUAUUUGUGAGUGGACAAAUACUCAUUUGUGCUUCAUUUAAAUUUCCAUUUCAAUCAUAUAGCAAAAAAAAAAAAAAAAACCAACAGCAGUAACAACCACUUUUCUCUGAUAAAAGUGCUAUAAAAGUGCUAUAUGUGAUUUAAAUAGAAAAUUGAAUACCAAAAUAUUCUUCUCCCAAGAAAAUAAAGACACAAGGUCCCUCUACAUGUUUAAAUCCCAAAUGUUCAGCUAUUGAAAUAAAGUAUAGGCUUCAAAAUCCAAAAAGCUAUUUUAGGCUUAGAAUUGACAGGAAAGUGGUAGAAAUUUAGAUCUAUUCAUUUCUCAACAGCAAAUCACAAUUCAAUAUUGCUGGUUAUUCUCUCUAUUGAUAUAGGAUUGUGAAAUUUUUUUAAAAAAAAUUGUUGUUUCCAUUCUCAAAUAAAAGACUUCAGAUGACUUCCCAUCAGUUUUUAACAAUUUAAUUGUAACAAAACCCUGCUGUUUCAGAGCAACAGCUCAUAACCAUGUUUGGUAUGAAAAAGAAACACAGUUCUUUAGAACCUGACCUUCACAAUUUAGUUAUGUACCAUAUGUAAACUAAAACUAGCUCCAAUAUAGAGAAUACACUCCAAUGUACAUAUAGUUGUUAAACGCAGGGAAUUUUGGCCACCAGAUUAUAGUAAGCUAUCCCCUUUAUCUUUUAUGUACACCAGGGGUGUCAAACUGGCAGCCUGCAGGCCAAAUGUGUCACACACAGGCCAAGCCUACCCCAGCUCCGUGAAGGGAAAAAAACGUCAUGAGACAUCAACAUGACACCACAAGUUUGACACACAUGAUGUACAGUUUUUUUUAGUUUUGGUAUAGAAUUCUAUAGAAAAGUAAGGAUAUGGGUUUUUAUCUCUGCUCCUGGUAUUUUCUUUCUUGUCUUUAAUUUUCUUCCCAAUUUAACAUGCAUGUUGACUACUAAAUAAGAUGUAAAUACAAGAGCAAUUUCUAAUACAACUAGCAACUUGAUCUAGUAUUCACAGUUGAUUUUUCUUUUGCAGAAAGCUUCCCCUUCAGCUCUUU